AUGCUCGGUGGAAAAGAAAAUGACGGCUCGUCCAAAGCGUCGAUGAAAUGUAAAAACAUAAAAUUAAUAAAAGUGCCAAAGUUUGUUUCAAAUAAAUGGCUACAAUAUAACAAUAAAGAUAUUGUUGGUUUAUUUGAGCAAAACAACAAUGAAAUUACGACCCUGUAUGUACAGAAGGAUGACACUGAUAACGUAAAAAAAUUAAGGUGCAAUAAAGGCAGUACGGUAAAUACAUAUAUACUAAAACAAAGUAAAGUGUCAUUAAAACCGAGUAAUAAGGGGUUGACUGCUAGCAGCUCCCCGUCCGCCACGACGACGACCACUGCCCCUACAAACUCGAAUAGUAAAACAACUAGCGAAAAUGUAAAUCAAAGUAAAGUUAAAAUUAACCUGAACAAUCCUGUAAAGGAAAAUGCGGAACGGAAUAAAGAAACUGAUUAUGUAGUGUGUGCAGAUGUGUUAAAAAAUUGCGAGCAUACAUACUCGUUUUUGCCAACGUUAGAUGAAGACUAUUCCUUGGUACUAAAGGAAAGACACUAUAAAACCAAUGUGAAAAAAAAUCGAUUUACGAUUAUCGAAACAAGGAAUGAAGAAAAUAUAGAUUCCUCUCAUACUCUGUUUAAAUACUACACAUCUGAUGAUCACCUGUUGAACACCCCUGGAGCGGGAACUGGUAUGGGUGGUGUGGCGGCCACUGUCCCCGGCACGGCUAUCACAGCGAAUGACUCUGGCCUGAAUAGCGCAAACAGCGUGACUCACCUGCAUGGCGUGAGCAGCACGAGCAGUAGGGACAACAGACUUGGAAAGAGUAACAAGCGGACUCUUCAGGACACUGAUGGCCAUUUCGGUUCCUCCUCUGCUUCCAAACAAAAAGCCAAACAGGUUAAAAAAAUGCACGUUUUCGAUCUCGAUAAGGCGAAAAUUAGUAUGUUCAAAGUAUUCGAGCGAGAAGGGAAAAAAGGGGUCCCCUUUUCCAUUUUUGCCAAAAGUUUUAACAUCCCAUCCAAUUACAUAAAAAAUAUCUUAGACGAAAUAGCCGUGAAAAAAAAACGAGUCACGGAUAAGAAACCGGUGUACUUUUUGAAGGACUGCAUUGGUUGA